UAGCCCUGAAGUGCAAGCAAUCUUUGAUAAAUACCAAAAGACGAUGGUACGUCGAUUGAACAAAGGAGAUGCCAUCAAAUUGUUUUUGGACGAAUUCGGUCUGAAAGACGAACAAGCAGAAAGCAUGUUUGAAAUGUUCGACAGAGAUCAUAACGGCGAGUUGAGUUUAUGGGAGUUCCACCAGUUCUAUACUAUGAUCGGAAACCAUGCUCAAGACAUGUUAACUCUGUUUGAAAAACUUGAAAAGGAUGAGAAAGGACAUAUCCAAAUUGAUGCAGCUUGGGAAGCUAUGAAAACCAUGAACACUCCCUCAGGCCGACCGCUCAAAGAAACUGAGAUUGAAAUGUUUCUGAAGGCUGCAGCCGGCGAAGAAAAAUUCAUUGACUUACAGAAGUUUGUAAGCCUUUUGUGUGGGCUUAAAUUGUACAAGGGUUAAUUAUAUAUAUAUAUAUAUAUAUAUAUUAUAUAUAUAUAUAUAUAUAUAUAUAUGAAUGAACACACACAUACAUUUAUAUAUGGGCAGUGAUAAACAUUCCUUUUAACUUCAUAAUCACUUUCAACUAACAUGUGUCGGUUAUCAUUGCUACAGAUUUGAAAAUUGUAAAAAAAAAAACAACAACUAAAAAACUAAAAAUAAAAUAUAAAAAAAUGAAUAAGCAAAUAAGCAAUCAAAUUGGAAAUCAAAUAAACUACAUUAAUAAAAGGAAACACACACACACACCUGAACCUCCCAAGAACAGCACUUCCAGAACUUACAAUUUCCCAAAGGGAGUAUAACAGGGAUUCAUUCUCUCACCUACUCCUUUCAACUUAUAUUUGCUCAACCUUUCCACAACUCUUC